AUGCCUGACUCAGACUCAGACUCGGAGUCGGCGGCUUCCUCUGCUGCUUCGGAGUUGUCCCGACUUCCUUCUCCAGAGCCACCAACUGAACCAGUUCAAGAAACAAUCACCAGCGACAACCAGGAUCAACAAAAUGACGAAACGGUAGCAACAGAGGCCACACCAGCCGGCGAUGAUUCCGGCUCAAAAACCACUCCAUCUUCAGACUCAGCCCCUGACCCAGAAGCUGAACCCCUUCACAUUGUAUGGGAAGAAAAACCAGAAGAUGUGGAAGAAGCUGAGCACCGCCCAUAUUUCGAUGGAGCUUUGGCCGUCGACUAUGUCGUGGUCCCUGGAGUUUACGGGGACUGGGAGGGUGAUGUCGGAGAAUGCCCUGGCUCAGGGAGCUCGGCCUGGGUGUCCAAAUUUGCUGGGAAACGAGCUGUAGAGGACCCCUUCUGGAUGAAGAGUAUAUCAUCAAAAUGCAGGAUCCUCACCUACCAGUACGAUGCUUCGCAGCUCUUUCGCGCCCGCCAGUCUCGCCAGUCGAUCCGCCAGAUGACUCUCAAGCUGUUGCAAGCUCUCAAGGCGAGGCGUCGGAACGCACAACAUAAACGGCGAAUUUUCUUUGUUUGUCACGACAUUGGGGGCAUCAUAGUCAAAGAUGCCCUCGCUUUGGCAGCUCUCGAAGGGUAUCGGUGGAGGGACAUCUCGGAAAUGUCCCGAUUAGUGGUCUUCCUAGGCUGUCCCCAUCGCAGCUUCAACAAGUCUGAUCUGGAAGACAGACUCACACGUUUCCUAUUCACCAACUAUGUUCACAACGACUCCAAAGUUCGACCCUCAGUGUCAUCCAUAUCAGGGCUUGCAGAUGCCGUCAUCGAAAUCAACGGCCUAUUCGCCGAGUCCAAGGUCCCCCUGCGCAGUAGAGUCAUCAGCCUUUACUCUGAAGGAACUGAAAACUCGAACAUUUGCCAUGCUUUUGAUAACUACAGUGCUACCUUGGGCAUUCCCCUGGAAAGAAGACUUCCUGAGCCUAGUGACACCAAAUAUUCCGACCUCAAGACCUACAUCAAGAAGAUAGAUAGCGAUAUCAAUCCUACAUUGGAAGACAUACAGUACAUCCACGAGCGGAGUCUCCUCGCCCUCGCCUCUCCUGUCUACCCACUCAAGACCGGAGAGUCUUCCAACUUCCUCAAGGACCUCCCCGAGUAUCAGGCCUGGCUCAGUCAUCGGGAGCCUCAGAUCCUCUAUAUCCAUGGAAACCAUCGUGUUCGAGAGGCAGCUGAGCAGGUCUUCUACUCCCUCGAAUCAGAUGCCGAGGGUGAUCAGAGGCGAAGCUUGGUGCUCUACUUUUCCUUCGACCGAUGGGACGUCCGGUGCGACUCUAUUAGAGACCUGAUCGCGACAUUCUUGGCACAGAUCAUCACCCACUUCCCCAGACUGAACCAGCAGCUCGAAUUCUUCUUCAAUCAACUACACAAUGAGCAUGGCUGGACAGAGACCGACCUCAUCCAGUUCUUUGAGUGGUUUCGGGCGUCAGAUGAAGUUGAGGAGGUCAUAUGCGUCAUCAACUACUUUGACGAAUGUACCCCAGCAUCUCGCAAGAAGUUCCUCGAAAACUUCGUCUACGUGUCUCAAAACGUCGAGACACCAUGGAAAGUUGUUGUGACAAGCCACAAGCCCGGCGCCCUGACAGAGGAACUCUCAGGUUCCGUCUGUACACCAAUUGAUCUUGCAGCAUCGGGAUUGGAGUCUUACACCGACAACGAUAAUGAAAGAGAUUUGGCAAGUCUGACAAUGGUCCGGCCUGACCUCCUCUCCCAUGAUGCCAAGGUCCACGAGGAACUGAAGACGAUUGAGAGGCUCGAGCCCUCCGUCCAGCAAAUCAUUCGUGAGCAGGCCAGAAUGCACGAUGGAUGGCCCGAAGAAACGUCCAUCCAGACGCUCUUUGCACCCCUGAAUCUCGCCCAGGGCAAAUCACAAGACGACGAGAUUCUUGGAGAGGUCUUGGAUUGGGUGCUGAGGAGGUUUCCCGAACAAGGCAUCCUUCGUCGGCUCCUGUCAUGGCUGCUUUACUCCGUGAGACCGCUCAGCGUCUGGGAACUUGCAACUAUUCUCUCGUUCGAAACUUCUCCAGGUCGAGGUGGCGUGGCCCCGAGACCAUCAGAAGUAGAAAACCUCAUCUCCCAGAUUCAGCAGUUGUUGGCUGGCGUUAUCGAGGUAGACCAGAAUGAAGUCAGAUUCCGACAUCCUCGCCUGAGAAACUUCAUGGCCGGGGAGGGAACUUCACACAUCACGGCCAGAGAACCAAAGUAUCUGUGGGAAGAGAUAAAAGAGACUGCUCAUUCUGACAUAGCCGAGCUGUGUCUCAAAUAUCUUUCCAGGACCAGUUCUAGCAUCGAGCAACUCCUCGAUGAGACUUUCGGGGUCAGCCUCAGAACCUUUGAAACGCCUACUUUUGCGGACCGAACAAACCUCGCCUCCUAUGCCCUCCAAGCGUGGACACAUCACUUUUCUCUGAGCUCGUCGCGUCCAGACUUGUCGGCCAUGCUCUCGGAAUCAGAAUCACCAAAUUUUGCUCGGAUUCUGGCUCAGGGUCACUGGGCCUUUGCAAACCAAAUCACGAAGAGUGUCGAUAUUCCGGAAACGCUGUUUCCCAUCUUUGCUGGCCUUGGACUGCUCGAAGUAGUAAAGCCACGAGAUCAACAAGACGUCUUCCGAGGGUUACUCGAAGCAGCUCGCAAGGGGAAUGUCGGGAUCGUCCGACAAAUUACCGAGGAGCACAUGCUAUCAUCCGAUCAAUUGAUGAAGACUCUCGAGGCUGCAAGCUCUUCUGGCGAUGAGGACUUGAUGCUAGAUCUGUUGAAGCAGAUGAUCUCCAAGACUGAAGAGCCUGGUAGCAUUGAGUGGCCACCGGUUCUCAUUUAUAGGGCGGCAUGGCUAGGCCUUGAUCGUUUUGCCGACAAGAUUCUCGGGUUGGGAUGCCCACCUGAUCCUGAAGUUGAAUGGACACUCACUCUGAGGGCUUCGCCACUAUUCCAAGCGUCGCGGGCCGGACAUCCAAAGACUGUGCAAGCUCUCGUGAAGCAUGGGGCCAAUCACAAGUUCCCUGGUCGUUACGAACGAACACCUCUUCAUCUUGCAGCAGUCGAGGGGCAUACUGAAGUCGCUCGGGUCCUUCUGGAGGAGGGCAAGGCCGACAUUGAUGCCCCCAGUGACAAUAACUUUACUCCUCUAUAUCUUGCAUCAGUCUUUGCACAUUACAAAACCCUGGAACUGCUCUUGAAGAAGGGCGCUGAUCCCAACAUGGGUCUUCCUCCAGGCCCCAGGGCCGAGGAUGAGUUCCAGUGGGUGCCGUUGGUUGUGGCUUCGGAUGACGGCCUCGAGAAGUGUGUGCGAUUGCUGCUUGACAAUGGAGCAAAUCCCGACAUCUGCGGCCCCAAUGGAACUGCCCUACGGUGGGCUGCUUGCAGUGGCCACCUGGGGGUCUGCGAUAUGCUUCUUGCUGCUGGAGCCGACCCCAAGAGCGAGCUACUGGAGAUGCCCAUCUUCCACCAGAUCUUCCAGACGACGCCUAAAGAUAAGCUCCUGGAGAUCCUAGACCGGUUCCUGGAACUUGACUUGGAUGUGAAUGCUAAAAACAAGGCGGGAGAUACAGCCCUGAUGUUUUCAUUGGUUAUUUGGCCGACCCGGGUCGAGGACUUCACAGUGGAAUUCCUGGAAGACGACGUUAGGACGGAUGCCCUUCGGAAAUUCCUGGACCACGGCGCUGAUCCCACCAUCCCUAACGAUUACGGGAGCUAUCCGCUGAGCUGUGCGAUUACCUGUGCGCGGUACGAGCUCGUUGAGCUUCUGCUACAAAGGGGCGCCAACGUAGACCAAGUCGACCGGCAAAAUUUUACGCCGGUCACGCUCGGCAUCGAACAGACAGAGAUUCUCCGUCUCCUUCUUAGAAAGGGAGCCAAUCCAGACCUUGGCAGACGGUUCGGCCAAACGGCCUUGAUGUACGCGGUGGAUGGGGGCCUGGACGAGACUGCGGAACUACUGUUGCAGCACAAUGCCUCAGUCGACAUGGAGUAUGAUGGCGGCUCUCAAGAUUGGUUAGGCUGGACCCCCAUGAGAUUUGCUGUUACGGCAAGAGUUGGAAUAGCCGGAAUGGUACGUCGGUUGGCAGAAGCCGGAGCCAACCUGAAGCACAAAGCAAACGGCGUUCCUCUUGUCCGUUCAGCUGCCACGGGAGAUUACCUUCAGGAGUUUCUGGAGUUCUCGGGUCGAAUCGAUAUUGACGAGGGUGACGAUGAGGAGGGCAUCGCUGCUAUUCAUGCCCAGGACACCACACUUGACAACCUCAGGCGUCUCCUCAAUGCUGGGGCAAACAUCGAAGCAGUGACAACUCGUUCACGAGACACACCGCUCUCAGCGGCCAUCACUGCCGUCGACGGAUUGGCCCGAGCCAAGCUUCUACUUGAAAGAGGAGCCAGCAUCAACCGUGGAUCGCCAUGGAACGGAUCGCCCCUCUGCCAGGCUUGUCGGAAGGGAGAGUGGGAGACGGUCAAGUUUCUCGUCCAGCAGGGCGCCGAUGUGAAUCAGCCGUGCUAUGGCUUGAACGGUACGCCGUUGCAGGCAAUCAUUCUCCGAGGCGAAGAGUCGAAUGCUCCAUCGCCUGAAGAAAUGGUUCGCUAUCUCCUCGACGAGGAAGAACAGGCCCACGUUCGCCCGAGAGAGUCUCGCGCAGACGUGACUGUACAAGGCGGCUUGCUAGGGUUCCCUAUCAUUGCGGCAGCCUUGAGGGCGACGCCAAACAUCAUCAAUCUUAUCCUGGAACAAAAGGGGGCUACAGUCGACGUGAGGGACAAGAUGGGUCGCAUGCCAAUACACCUUGCUGCUCUUAACGGGAUUCGCAACUUUGAGGUCAUCCUCGAAAAUGGGGGAGACAUCAAUGCCAAGGACAAAAUGGGCCGAACGGCGCUUCACUUCGCUGCGCAGUCGGGGCACAAGGAAGUUGUCGAGAAGAUCAUCUCACUCUUAUCUGACAAGACAGCCAUCGACACCCCAGACAUUGAUGGGUGGACACCGCUAUGCUGGGCUGCCCGUAGGCCAAGCUCUUGGCUAGAUGAAGAGCAUGCAAGCGAGAGUCCCCAGCAGAAGGAGGUGAUCAUGCUCUUGCUCGAGAACGGGGCCGACAGAGCCGUUCUGGCCAACGUUGGGGAUGAGAAGUGGACGCCGCUGGAAAUUGGUCGUUUCUCUGCAUGUUCCAGGGAGUCAAUGGCUCUCCUAGCCCACGGUCCCGUGCCCAAUGGUGUUUCUGACCCCGAGAAGAGCGACGACGUGGAAGAGCCACACAAAGGCAAGUCGCAGCGAGGUUACUACCAGAACUACUGGUGCGACGCAUGCGAAUGGGACAUUCGAGGCUUCGCAUAUGUGUGCAAGACAUGCACAGAUGUUGGGUACUGUUCUAAAUGCCAUCGCCAUGUGGCCCUCUUUCACCCAUCCGAUCACGAGUUUAAUCAGCGGGGGCCGGAAUUCGCAGGGUCCGAUGAUGGAGAUAGUGAUGAUUCAGCUUCGGCGACGACAGACUCGACGGACUCGGACUCUGGUUCCGAGUCGGACGGUUCUGGGUGA